AUGGCCACCUCAGAAACCCAAUCCAAGAAGCAUCGCAAGCGCAGCGACUAUGGUUUCCACCAAGUACACCAGACCCGAUGCUCUCCACCCCGACACACCACUCACACCGAUGACAGGUUCGACAACGACAUGUACGCGCAUCUCAACAACGCAGUGUACACACAUCUCUUCGACACAAUCGCCAAUACAUGGCUCAUCCAGGAGUGCGGUAUGGAUCCCUUCAGUGUGAACAACCCGACUCCAGCGCCGAACACCCAGCCAUCCAAUUUCCCCUCCCCGUCCAACCUGGCAGUUGGCGCGGACCAGAUUGGGCUGAUUGUGUCGACGAAUGCGGACUUCUUUGCGUCGGUCCGCUUCCCGGAUCUACUGGAGGUCGGGCUGCGGGUCAAUCGGCUCACCAAGUCGAGCGUCACCUGGGAAGUGGGGAUUUUCCGGAAGGGGGAGGAGGAUGUUAAGAUGGUUGGGAAUUAUACGCAUGUUUUUGUGUUGAGGGAGACUAUGCGGGUUGGGAAGACGGGGAUGGAGGAGCGGACUAGACGGGGGUUGGAGAAAUUACUGGUGAAGCCUGAGGCGAAAUUGUGA